CUCCCGCUCCACCCGCCGACUCCCGGGCUUCUGCGCCCGCCCGGGCCUUGCUGCGCCCCUAUCGUUUCUCUGCGCGCGCAACACACCUCACUUGCCCCGCCCUGGCCCGUGCGCGCCGGGCCGCCGAACUCCCGGCUCCACCCGCCAACUCCCGGGCUUCUCCGCCCGGCCGGGCCUUGCUCCGCCUGCGCUGCACCCUCCCGGCCUCGGGCGUCGCUGUACCGGCCGCGGAGCUCCGCACGGACGCCUCCUGCGCUCGGGGUUGCGGAGCGGGGGCCGGUGUGGCCGCAGUUUCGGGGCGGCGGCGGCGGCCGAGUCGUGUCGGCGGGCCGGGCGCCAUGGCCGCCUCGGUGUUGUGCUGCCUGCGGUGCUGCCGGGACGGCGGGAGCGGCCACAUCCCGCUGAAGGAGAUGCCGGACGUGCAGCUGGACACGCAGCACAUGGGAACAGACGUUGUCAUUGUGAAAAAUGGAAGAAGGAUAUGUGGAACAGGAGGUUGUUUAGCCAGUGCACCUUUACAUCAAAACAAAAGCUACUUUGAAUUCAAAAUACAGUCUACAGGGAUCUGGGGUAUUGGCGUUGCAACUCAGAAAGUAAACUUGAAUCAGAUUCCUCUUGGCCGAGAUGUGCACAGCCUGGUGAUGAGGCACGACGGUGCCCUGUACCACAACAACGAGGAGAAAAACAGGCUGCCUGCAAACAGCCUUCCCCAGGAGGGCGACGUGGUGGGUAUUACAUAUGACCAUGUAGAACUAAAUGUAUAUUUGAAUGGAAAAAAUAUGCAUUGUCCAGCGUCAGGUAUACGAGGGACAGUGUAUCCGGUUGUUUAUGUUGAUGACAGUGCAAUUUUGGAUUGUCAGUUCAAUGAAUUUUAUCACACUCCUCCACCUGGUUUUGAAAAAAUAUUAUUUGAACAGCAGAUCUUCUGAAUGUAUUUGUUUCUUGAAACUUGUCUUUCUGUACUGUUAAAAGUGUUUACCAUUUAAUAAAGCUUUACCUGACCUAUAGAUGAAAAAUAUAUUCUUAAAAAUAUGCUUGAUAGUGUGGUUUAAGGAACCAGUGUAUCCAGGAUACCACCAGGAAGUUGUGAUUUAAAAUACUUGUGUUUUGUGAUGUGAAAAUCAUAUUGGAUAGUUUAUUUAAUUCUUAUUUAAAUAAGUUUAACAUUAUGCAUUGGUUAACAAUGUUGAGUGGAAAUAUAUAGAGAGAGAUAUUUAAAAGGGAAUCUUUCUAUGUACAAUGUUUUAAUAGAGCUGUGCUGUGGGGGAAGGGGACUUCAUAUCUCUAAAUCUGCAGUCCAAUAAUCUGGUGUCUGCCUCAGUGUCCUUUUUUGUAUUCAAUAUAACUGAGGGUGCCAGAAGUUUAUACUGCUGGCCACUUCAGUUGGCAGUCUGCUGUAGAAUGGACCGCUUUUCUUAAACUUUAAAUUGUCUGUUUUAUUUGUAUAAUGUCAUUGCUUUGGAUGUGCCUUGUGAGGAGAGAGACACAUUUUGGAAAUCGUCAGAGCACUGUGGGAAAGACCAUCAUGCUGUUGCUUCACUGGCAGAGCCAGUACGGAUCAGUGUGGGACGCUGAACACACUGGCAGACAUGUACAAGGAUGGCGGCCCAUCACACUUAGAUUUACACGACUUUGUUUUAUGGACUGUUUAUUUAAAUGUAUGUUUUUCUGUAAUGCAUAAUAAAAUAAAAAGUACUUAAGGAGCAUUCAGUGCCAUACUAAA